AUGGACACCUGGCGGGCGCUGCUGCUCUUCCUCAUCCUGGCAUGCCGAGCUGGGGCCCCCGCCCUGGGAGACACUUCUGGACCUCAGCAAACCAAUUUCUCCUUGGGCUCAGAAGGCUCUUCCCAGGGCCUCGGUUCGAUAGUCCCCUCCAGCAACACCCCCAGCUGGAAGCUUCCAGAUCAUUCUCCAGGUUCAAAAGCCCCUGUCGAAAUCCCCGAUUCCAGCUGGUUUCCAGAGGCCCUGAAUUCAAACCAUGUGUCUGGGGCCCUCUGGUCAGAUGACUCUGUUGAGGGCCAAAUUUUGGGGCUGGAUCCCACUUUGGAGCCGCCUGGUUAUGAAAGGCCUCCUGAGAGCUCAGAUUCUCAGGCUCCUGCCAAGGACCCCAAGAUGUCCUUCUCUGUUGAGACCCCAACCUCAAACACUGCUGCUGCCCCUGACACCAAACCUGCUCAGGGCUCCGGUUCCAAAUUCUCCCCUGAGGAUCUCGGUCUUGAACUCUCCGCCCAGAGCCCGGAACCCAAAGUUGUGGAGACCCACCCUGCUGCAAGCUUUCCUGAGCAAGCUGGGGGCCCCCUUGCUGUGCUGGUGGGGACCACUAUCCGGCUCCCCCUGGUUCCGGUCCCCAGCCCUGGCCCCCCAGCCCCUCUGGUGGUCUGGCGCAGGGGCUCCAAGGUGCUGGCAGCUGGGGGCCUGGGGCCAGGGGCUCCCCUGAUCAGCCUGGACCCUGCUCACCGGGAUCGCCUGCGAUUUGACCAGACCCGAGGCAGUCUGGAACUCACCUCUGCCCAGCUAAAGGAUGCAGGGGUCUACACGGCAGAGGUCAUCCGGGCCGGGGUGUCCCGGCAGCUGCGGGAGUUCACGGUGGGUGUGUACGAGCCCCCGCCCCAGCUGUCUGUACACCCAGAGGCUCCAGAGACAGAGGAGGGGGCAGCCGAGCUCCGGCUGCGCUGCGUGGGGUGGGACCCGGGUCGCGGGGAGCUGAACUAGCGGGACGGACUUGCCGUGGAGGGGGCGGACCCGGAGGGAGCCGAGCAGCCCCGGAUCCGCGCAGAGGGCGACGAGCUGCUCAUCGUGCGCCCUGUCCGCAGCGACCACGCCCGAUACACCUGCCGCGUCCGCAGCCCUUUCGGCCACGCGGAGGCUGCGGCCGACGUCAGCGUCUUCUACGGCCCAGACCAGCCUGUCAUCACGGUCUUCUCGGACCGCGACGCCGCCCCAGUCUUCUAUGUCACCGCGGGGCCAGAGAAGAAGGCGGAGAAAGGCUGGAGCCCUGGGUCUCGCUCCUCUACAGAUCUGCCCCCGGGGUCUCCGCAGUGCUCGGUCGAAGGGGGUCCAGGCGACCGCAGCCUCCGCUUCCGCUGCUCAUGGCCAGGAGGGGUCCCUGCCGCCUCCCUGCAGUUCCAGGGUCUCCCGGAAGGCGUCCGCGCCGGGCCGGUGCCCUCGGCGAUACUAGCAGCGGUUCCCGCUCACCCCCGGCUCAGCGGCGUCCCCAUCACUUGUCUUGCUCACCACCUGAUGGCCACACGCACCUGCACCGUCACUCCAGAGGCCCCUCGAGAAGUACUGCUACACCCGCUGGUGGAGGAGACACAGCCAGGCGAGGCAGAGGUGGCGCUGGAGGCCUCUGGCUGCCCCCCACCCUCGCGAGCAUCCUGGGCCCGGGAAGGGCGGCCCCUGGCCUCAGGGGGCGCAGGACGCCUGCGGCUCAGCCCAGAUGGCCGGAAGCUCUUCAUCGGCAACUUCAGCCUGGACUGGGACCUGGGAAAUUACUCGGUGCUGUGCAGCGGGGCACUGGGUGCCGCGGGUGACCAGAUCACUCUCAUUGGACCCUCCAUCUCCUCGUGGAGACUCCAGAGAGCCCGGGAUGCAGCUGUGCUUACCUGGGAUGUGGAGCGCGGAGCUCUGAUCAGCGGUUUUGAGAUCCAGGCACGGACAGAGGGGCCGGACCUGGGAAGAGCCACCAUCUACAGGAACUGGGUCUCCCUGCUCAUCCUGGGGCCUCGAGAGCGGUCAGCUGUGGUACCCCUUCCGCAUCGGAACCCAGGAACCUGGGUCUUGCGCGUGCUGCCUACCCUGGGGGGCCAGCCAGGAAGUCCAUCUCGAAGCCGAGUCUACCAGGCUGACCCCGCCCUGGGCCCCGGAGCCAUCGCCGGCAUCGUUCUGGGCUCUCUCCUGGGUCUGGCCCUGCUGGCAGCCCUUCUCCUCCUGUGUGUCUGCUGCCUGUGCCGGCUUCGGGGAAAGACGCCUACCAAAAAAAAGCAUCCCCCCACCUUGGCCCCAGUGAUCAUCCCACCAGAAAAGAAGAUGCAGAGUGUGACCCCGGUGCAGACUGCGGGUCCGCUGCCCCUCAAAGUUCCUCUGGAGGACCCUAGCCCAACCUGGGUCCCCCAAGCCCCAGGCUCCGGUCCAGUCAUUUCUCCAGACCGGGGGCUGAGGACAGUUCGGACAGCCACCCAGGUGUGAUGGAGCCAGCGUCCUCUCUGCUCAGGGCAUUUGGGGCGGGACUUCCUGCUUCUCCCGCAGCAGGUGCGGCCUGACGAGGGGACUUAAAGAGUCCGCCUGUGUCUGUGCAGCUGGGACGGGACUCCCAGGCUAGGAGAGGCCCCGGCCGACCAGCAACCGACCAGCGGCGUGGUUUGUGACCUCAGGGGCUGCCUGGCAGGCAGGCAGGGGAGGAAGCCUGGGCCCGCUGCGAGAGGCCUGCCACGCUAGUGUAGCCUGCUCCGUCCAGCUCCUGGAGCCCAUCUGAAGAGAUGAGCCAUGCCCCUCUUCUGUGUGGACAGACCCCCAGGGCCGCGUAUCCAGAGUACCCAGUUCCUCGUGGUGGCCUUCAAGGCCAUGUCGACCUCCCCAGCCUCCCUCCCGAGGUCGCCACCCUCCACUCUGGCAGGGUGGAUUCUCUCAGACCAACGUGUGUCUUGAGGUCUUGGGCCCUGGAGUCGCGCCGCCUGGAUUGUGUCUCUUCCCCGUGUCACUCACUUCCCAAGUCUAAGGCUGACCGCCCCCUCCUCGAAGACUUUCCUUACUCCUGGCUUGGCCGUGGGUUAAGUCCCGGAGUGCCCAGACUUCCCCCGGAGUGCAUGUGAAUAUGUAACUACGCCUGCAGCUUCAGACUCCCUAAACCGGGGCCUUCCCGAGCCGUGGCGUUAGGUCACACCUCAGGCAGCCUGGCGCAGGGCAGAAAACCAAUAAAUCCUCGAGCGACCAGAUG